AUGCUGUCCCUCCUCCUGGUCCUGUCUGGCCUGGGCCGGCUGACCUCCACCGGCCUGUACUUUGAAACACCACUUCUACAAAUCACAGUGCCACGGAAGAUUGAGACAAACACCAAGGAUGGCAAGGAGCCAGAAGCGCAUGUUACCUAUCUGAUCAGUUUUGAAGGGAAAACAUACACACUCCUUCUUAAAAAACAGUCAUUUUUACACCCAAAUUUCCUCACAUAUUCAUACAGCAAAUUAGGAGCAUUGCAAACAGAGUCUUCGUUUAUAAAGAGUCAUUGUUUUUACCAAGGACAUGCUGCAGAGAUUCCAAGAUCAGUUGUGACACUAAGUACCUGCUCAGGACUCAGGGGAUUAUUGCAAUUAGAGAAUUCCAGUUAUGGAAUUGAACCAUUAGAAUCUUCAGCUACAUAUGAACAUAUGUUUUAUGAAGUAAAGAAUAAUAAAAUUGAUUAUUCCCCCUUGAAAGAACACUACCCUAAGCUUGAUCAGUCCUACCGGAUUCUUGUGAAACCUGAAAAAUAUUCAGAUAUUGCACAAUCAAAAAGAACCAUGAAAAUGAGACUCUUUGUGGAUAAAGCACUGUAUGAUUAUAUGGGCUCUGAGAUUGGAGUUGCAACUCAGAAAAUUGUCCUGAUCUUUGGUCUUAUCAACACUAUGUUUUCUCAGAUCAACAUGACAAUUAUGCUAUCAUCUUUGGAGGUCUGGUCAGAUAAAAAUAGGAUUUCAACAGAUGGGGAUGCUGAUGAAGUGCUCCAAAGGUUUUUGAAAUGGAAACAAAAAAGUUUCUCUCAAAGGCCCAACGAUAUGGCAUACUUACUACUUUAUAAGGACCAUCCUGAUUAUGUGGGAGCAACAUAUCAUGGAACAGCCUGUGAUCCAAGGUUUGCAGCAGGAAUUGCUCUGCACCCAAAGGCUAUAACUUUAGAGGCAUUUUCAGUUGUUAUAGCACAGCUGCUUGGAAUUAAUCUUGGAUUAACAUAUGAUGAUAUCUACAACUGUUACUGUCCAGGAAGUUCAUGCAUAAUGAAUCCAGAGGCAAUACAAUCCCAUGGUAUAAAGACUUUUAGCAGUUGCAGCAUGGAUGGAUUUAAGCAGAUGGUUUCACAGCCUGAAUUUGAAUGUCUUCAGAACCAAAAAGUUUCAGAAGUGAUUCUCCAACCAAAGCAAGCGACUUGUGGUAAUGGAAUUUUGGAAAGUGGAGAAGACUGUGAUUGUGGCCCACCAGAGAAAUGUGUUUAUAAAAAAUGCUGCAACCCUACAGCUUGUACUCUGAUUGGAAAGGCAGAGUGUGGCACUGGACCAUGCUGUAAUGCAAAAACUUGUGAGAUCAAUGAAAGAGGAAUGCUAUGUAGAAAAAGUAAAGAUAUGUGUGAUUUUCCAGAAUUUUGCAAUGGAACAUCAGAGUUUUGUGUACCUGAUGUGCAGUCUGCUAAUUUAGAACCAUGCAAUAAUAGGAGUGCCUUUUGUCUAAAUGGAAUUUGCCGAGACCCGGAUAGACAGUGUGCAGACUUAUUUGGAAAAUAUGCUAAGGGCUCUAAUUAUUUGUGUGCACAAGAAGUGAAUAUUCAAGGUGACAAAUUUGGAAACUGUCAUGGAAAUUGUAAUUUUCAGUUUAUACUUUGUGGAAAGAUAGUUUGUCACUGGACAAAAUCAGAAAUCAUACCACAGACAGUAUAUGAUAUCCAGUAUACUUAUCUUGGAGGCCAUGUGUGUGUGUCUGCACAUUUAAGAAAGAAUGAUAGACAAGACAAUACCUAUGUACAUGAUGGUACUAUUUGUGGUCCAAAUCAAGCUUGUCUUGGAGGGCAAUGCAAAUUUGUGUCCACCUUCAAAAAUAAAUCAGAAUGCGACUCACUAGUAAAAUGCCAAGGACAUGGGGUUUGCAAUAGUUUGCAUAAUUGUCACUGUGAUGUCGGAUAUUCUCCUCCAUCUUGUGAUCCAACACCAUCAUCACCAGGAGGAAGCAUGGAUGAUGGGUAUUGGAUCCCACAGGAUAAACGCGUACUUUUGAUUAAAAAACAAAACCGCGCUACUCCUUAUAAAAAUGGACUUUUCAUCAGUUUCUUCGUAUUUCUACCUUUCCUCAUUUUAACUGCCUUCCUUGUUUUUAAAUGGAAUAAACUUAAAGAAUAUCGGAACAGAUCAGAAACUGUAAGUGAAGGAUCUACGACAGAAGACAGCAGUACCUACAGUCAGUCAUAG